AUGUGUAGAAUAGCAGAGUUGAGGAGUCAUGUUGAGAUGUUUGUGGUGCAUGAGGUUGAGGAUGCUGACGAUUUUCCUGAAGUUGAGUAUAUUGAUGUUGGAGGCAAAAUAGAGGAAAAUCCUAGGAAUCAGUUGGUAGUUUAUGAGGGUGAACAAGGUCAACAGGUGAAAAAUGAUAAUGUGAAACAAGUUAAUGAAGGAGAUAACUUGCACCCACAUGGGGCUACCGAAAAUGCACGAGAUGAAUCAAAUAGUGAUGAUGAUGGCGAUGAUGAGGAGUUAUUCUAUAAUGAAGAGGAGUAUGAUGAUGAGAGUGGGUUUGAAGAACUGACAAGUGCUAAAGAUGGUGAUCAGGUUGAUAAAGGACAAGGAGUUAUGAAUGGUGAUUUUAGUGAUGAAGAAGACUUCAAUAGUGAUGAAAUAGAUUUGGAUUAUGAAGUUGGUGGUGGUUCAGAUAAGGAGGAUAGACAAGAGGAAGAUAACUAUGAAACAAGGAGGUAUCCAAUUCAUAAGGAUGUUAAAGACAUGACGAGUUAUAAGUGA